AUGGAACGAGUCAUUGAUGAGCUUGAAAUGAUAUCAUCUCCUUUGGCCGAUUCCGAGGAUUCUUUGAUUUCUGAAAUGUCCACGAGAAAUGACGUUGCAAGAGCUUCAUGGUUGGAAUAUCGAGGGAUCCGGAGAAGAAUUGAAGACGGAAAUGAAAGUGAUUUUGAAGAAGAUGGAGAUAGUGAUAUCUAUGGACCACCACCAAUACCAGAAAGAGAUUAUUCCAGACUGCGAUCAUAUCGGAAAAACGGUGAAGAGUUUUCAAUGCGUAGAUCAAAAAGCUACGAGAAACCAGGAAGAUCACAAACACCGGAGAAAAGAUGGUCGAGAAAUGCGAGAAGUUUAGUUGAUAAAUCAAAAAAAUCAAAUGCAAUUUAUGCGACUCCAAAUCGGAAGAAAAAGAUGACAUCAAAAGCUAGUGUUGAGCCUCCAAUCAUCGAGGAAUUCUCAGAAGAAAUGCCCAGAUAUGUGAGGCCGUUGAGAUCAGAAGAACCUAACAAAGAUGAAGUAAAAGAAGAGGAAAAGGAGGAAUUGAGUGUGAAUCUAGUUCCAGUUAUUGAUAUGAGCACUGAAAUUGAGUUUUCAUCGAAAGUGGAUCGUCAGAUUGGAAAGCUUCAGCGAGAAGAUUCUCUGACUUCUCUACUCAAAAGACAACUUUCUUCCAAGAUGACUCAAGUGAAAAUUCGCGAUGAGUUACCGGAAUACGUGGAACCAAAGGAUCCAAUUAUCAAGGAACUACAAGAAUUCUUGAAAAUUGAACCAAAGAGUUCGGAUGAGAACUCACAGAACUCCACAUCGACAUCAAUUGAGAAAGAGAGAAAAGAAGAAGAAGAACCCGCAGAACAAGAGAAACCGGUUCAAGCCGAUGAACACCGACUGAUAGUCAGAGGAUGGCAAGAACUUCUGAAGUCUUCAUCAUCCUCUUCUUCUUCUUCAUGCACAUCUUCUACAACUGUUUAA